AUGGGCUGCGGACCUUCCCAGCCUGCUGGAGAGCAGAGACGGGUCCCCGCGCCCAAGAAGGUCUGGGAAGAGGGCCUCAAGGCUGAUGCUGGCGUGACUCAUUCCAGGGAGAAUUGCAGACCCCAAACUGAAGCUGCCCUGAGCAGAGACAUCGUGGGCAGCCCUGAAGGCCUGGGAAAACAGGACCAGUUAGGAAGCUUGCCUGGAACCAUUCCAGAAAGUUCUCCAUGUUCUAGUGAAAGAAAUGGAAAAGUGAAUUCAGACCUAGUGACCAAUGGAUUAAUCCAUAAAUCCCAGCCCCUAGAGACACGAGAGCGACAAAAGUCAUCAGACAUUCUGGAGGAAUUAAUCAUUCAAGGAAUAAUUCAAAGCCACAGCAAAGUAUUUAGAAAUGGAGAAUCAUAUGAUGUCAUGGUAAACCCGACAGACACGCCACUGAGAAAACCGCCAACCAGACUGAAAAAACUUAAACUCAAAAAGGAAGUCAAGGCUUUCACGAUGAAGGACAUAGACGAGAAGCUGCAGGCGGCAGAGGAACGCAGGAAGACUAAAGAAGAAGAAAUAAGGAAAAGACUACGCAGUGACAGACUUUUGCCCCCAGCCCACCAUUCAGGUUCUGCUGAACCCAGGGCUGAGGUUCCUUUUGCCGAAGGACUUAACACAGUGAGAUCUUCCGUGUUUGAACCACCUGACCCGCAGGAAGGGAAGCCUUUGAAACGGAAGAAGAGUCACAGUGAAGCCACCUCAAAUGAGAGAAAUUAUAAUGGUGAAGGUAUCGGUGUCGUGGUGGAGUCGGACAUGUCCUACAACCAAGCAGAUGACGUAUUCUAAUAAGCUAUUUUACAUGAAUUUCAUGACAAAGCACCCAUUCUCCCCAGUUGUGAUGUUUUUAGUAUGUGUUAUGUUUUCUUUGAUUGCCUGAUCUGACCCCACUGGGAUUUCUGCCUUGGGCUUAGGAAUGAUUGUAUGAGCUGCAUGGUCCAGAGGUUAGUUGAGUAAAUUAAGCAGCUGUGCUAUUUAAAAGUUGGGGGGAGAGAGGUAGAGGGGAGACUUGUGGAGCAUCCACAUGAUGAAGCUGGCAUUCUUCAGCAUGGCUUCAAACAUGGUGAAGAUGCCUUUUAUUUAUAAAUACCCUCCAGCUUACAGCCAUGUGUCUGUGCCAAGUAAAACCCUUCCUUUUCAAACCUGCCCCUUGGCUGUGUCCACCUUCAGAGGAUCCUUUAAGACAAAUUGCAGAGUUUCGUGCUAUGUAUUUCAUUGACCUGUGUGCUUCUUAGACUCUAUGUUCAGGCGUUGGUCCUUUGUGUGGCCAAGUUGUGUUGUGAAGAAUUAAAGCAAUAUCUUUUGUUCUUUUAUUUUUUAUUUUCUUACA